AAACAGUUGUAUUUAGCUAAGCAGCUGUUUCUUAUUUUUCCAAUUUGGAAGAAUUAGCUUGGUGUUUUUUUUUUAUUUUGGAAGAAAGUGCAACCAGAUCGAUUCUGCAUUGUAAUGCGAAGCAGCAACAAUCAUCAUAUAUAUUCGACCAGCAACUACACAGAUGUCCAACUCAAGGAGCAAGGAAACAGUUUAUUUGCAGCACGCAAAUACGAUGAUGCUAUUAAUUGUUAUACAAAGGCAAUAAUUAAGAAUCCCGAUGUGGCCACAUACUUCACCAAUCGAGCUCUAUGUUAUUUAAAACUAAAACGUUGGGAGCUAUCAUGUCAAGAUUGCAGAAGAGCAUUGGACCUGGAGCCAAACAUGUUGAAGGCCCAUUUCUUUGCCGGCCAAUCACUGAUGGAAAUGGAACUGUACGAGGAAGCUAUAACACACCUACAAAGGGCAUAUGAUUUAUCUAAGGAGCAAAAGCAGAAUUUUGGAGACGAUAUAACGUCACAGCUUCGUCUAGCACGCAAGAAACGUUGGCGUGCGCUGGAAGAAAAACAGAUAUCGCGGGAGAUUGAACUACAGACAUAUCUGAAUAGGCUCAUUAAGGAAGAUAUGGAAAAGCGUUUGAGUCAACUGCAAAUUGAUGAAACCACCAAUGAGGCCCUACUUAAGGAUAAACAACAGGAAAUAGAGCAGCAAUGUGAUGAUCAUGUUAAGGAGUUAAACAAUCUCUUUGCCAAGGUCGAUGAGCGCAGAAGAGAACGCGAUGUCCCCGAUUACUUGUGCGGCAAAAUAAGCUUUGAAAUACUCACGGACCCAGUUAUAACUCCUUCGGGUAUAACCUAUGAACGCAAGGACAUUGAAGAACACUUACAGCGUGUGGGACAUUUUGACCCAGUCACUCGUGUUGAAUUAACCCAAGAUCAACUUAUACCAAACUUUGCAAUGAAGGAAGUAGUUGAAGCUUUCAUUGCAGAGAAUGAAUGGGCCUUGGAUUACUGAGUGUGAAACCAUAUGUGGUUUUGAGAUACUACUGUUCGAAAGAAAUUAUCUGACAUAAAUUUCAAAAAGUGGCGGCCAAAUCCCUGAAAACUCUCCAAGAACAAUUUUAAAGCCGUUAUGUAUGUAUGUAAAUGUAAUGCAUAUACAAGAUAUUUUUCUGUUUCGAUUUUCAUGCAUACACCUAUACUAAAUUAGUUGUAAACAAAAUUUGCAGGUCAUUUCUAAUUCAAAAACGAGAAUGCCGAUCACUAUUGUUAGUGUGUGAUGAAGAUGGAUAAGAUAAAAUUGUUCACUAUUUUGCGUUAAAAUUAAAACAAAAUCCAAUAAAAAUCUAUUAUAAUUAUAA